AUGUUGCGCUCCCUCCAACAACAAGCAUGGGCUCAACUGUCCUUACGACGACUAUACUCGACCUCCCCCAAAACCACAGUUCAACUGGUCUCUGAACUCCGCAAAAUUACCAAUGCACCUAUAAUAAAGGCCAGGCAAGCCCUGACGGAGACCAACAACGAUUUCGAUGCUGCCUUGAAAUGGCUGGAAAAGGAUCUACUUACCUCCGGUGCCGCUAAAGCAGAAAAAAUUAAGGACAGACAGGCCUCCGAGGGUCUCAUCAGCAUCUCUAUCGCAAAUGCUGGACUUGGCUCUCGAACAAGAGACCCCGUCAAAGCCGCUAUCAUAGAGCUCAGCUGCGAAUCCGACUUUGUGUCGAGAACAGAUGAGUUUGCGCGUCUAGCGGCAGACAUCGCGCACACUGUUGCUCAUAACCCAGGAAUUGGUGAAAACAGCGUGUUUUCGUCAGUGGAUAUACCGAGCCUUUUGGAGACACCAUUAGCGUCUGCACACCGGUCAGGAGGGACAAUAGGUAAUUCCAUCAUAGAUCUAAUUGCGAGAAUUGGGGAGAACAUUGCUCUACGACGUGCAGCUCUACUCGCACCUGGACCCUCUAGCUCAAACGACGCCGGCUUCCGAGCGGCUUCAUAUAUCCACAGCCCUCUCCCCAAUUUCCCUUCACAAGGCCGCAUGGGCAGUCUCGCGCUUUUAUCUCUUCAAUCUCCACGUAUUCUUGAAAUUUUGAAACAAGACACGUUCCUCUCGGAUCUGGAGAGGUUGGAACGCGCGCUUUGCCGCCAGAUAGUUGGAUUCAGACCACUGUCAGUCAGUAAACCCAUCUCUGUGGAAGCAGGGGAGGAUAGCGUUUUAUACAAGCAGCCAUUCGGGAUGCUUGGUGGAGUCAAUGCUAUCUUACCCGUACGGAAAGUAAUGGAUGAAUGGCAGAGGGAACAUGGUCUUGACAAAAUUGAGGUGUCUGAUUUCAUCCGAUGGGAGGUAGGGGAAUCCAGUAAAGAGAGGAGCUAA